AUGAAGGAGAUGGAGUUGAAAGAAAGGAUGUUAAGAGAAAAAUUAAAAAAACAGGAUGAGCUCAUCAAUCAAAACAUUCAAAGAAAAAAGAAUGAACAAUUAAGAAGCGAAAAAGCUAUCCAACAAGUUAGAUUGGAGAGUGAAGAGAUUAGAAUUUUAGAGAUGAAACUUAGAACAGCAUACGUCAAUGUUGAGAGAGACCGACAACUCAAACAUAAAGAAGAUAUUGCUCAAAAGCACAGGGAAUUUGAAAAGCAGCAAGAGUCCGAUAUGGAAAGAGAAAGACAAAAGAUUAUCCAACAACUUAAUGACAUUGAGGAGCAAAGGAAAGCCCAAAACCUUUUGGCCAAACAAAAGUUGCAAGAGCAAAUGGAAGAAAAGGAAAGAGAAAAAGAAAUGGCCUAUCUCGAGUAUUUAAGAGAUAAGGAAAUGAUUGAUGCUAUUACAAAGAGAGUUAUGGAAGAAGAGGACCGAGAAAUGAAAGAACGUUUUGAAAAGAAGAAGAUGGUUCAAACAUUUAUUGACGAGUUUAAGGAAGCAAGACAGUCAUCAAAGGAUAGAGAAAAAAGGCAGAAAGACCUCGAAGAACAAAGCAUUAUACAAUACCAAAAAUACCUGCAAAUGCGAGAAGAGGAAGAAAAACUCAAAAAAGCAACAGUUCAAGAGAGAAGAGACAAACUUUUGGAAAUACAAUCAAAGGAACUUGAAAAUCAAAGAAGACUCAUGGAAGAAACUGAAGAGCUUCUUAAUGAACUUUAUGCUGAAGAAAAGAAAGAGAGAGAAAGGCUUAAAGAGAUUGAGGAAUCAGAGAGAAAGCAACAACAAAAAUCAGAUAUGUUAAGGGUAAAUCAUGAACAAUUAAUGUUAAAACAAAACAGAAUUCAAGAAGAAAAACUGCAUGAAGAGGCAUUUAGACAAUUACUUAUUCAGAAAUUCGAGGAAGACGAAAAAGUUGCUCAGAUGAGUGCCCAAAAGAAGAGAAUGAAAAUGGCCGAGUUUAGAAGGGAUGUUGAAGAUUACUUGAACCAAAGAACUCAAAUGAAGGAGAUGGAGAGACAACAGUUAAUUCUUGAACAGAAUAAGGAAAUACAAAGAGCAGAAGAAAAACAACGAAUGGUGGAACAAGAAAAGGCAAAACUUAUCAAAGAACAUGCUGCGAAAAUUCUCAAAUAUUUACCAAAAGGUGUAUUGUCAAAGAAAGAUCUUGCUAUUUUACCUGAGGAAUUGAGAGCAGAGAUUGAAAGUGCCUCAAAAUCUGCUUUUCCUCACCAAUAUUUGUAA